UGAGCGAGAAGCCUCAGGCUGUGGCAGAGGCUGGCCUGGGGUCACAUCAAGAGCCAUCUCACUUUUCUCACUGGCUUUGUGGAGUGUCUGUGGGUUGGAUUAGGACUGGGUCUGGUUCUCCAGGAUUUGAACCUUACAAGGGACCCCAGAGUUCCUCCAGGAGAAUCCCCAUUGUUACAGAUGGGUCCAUUGAGACCCAAAGAGGGAGAAGUGAUUUGCCAAGUUGCAUAGAGUGAGACGACCUGGCGCUCUGGUUCUGGUUGUCCUUGCGUCUGACCCAGGUGCAGUGUACCUACCUCUCUCAGUGUCUGCCUGCUCCCUCCUCCAGCCCCCACCCCGCACUGUGCUUCUGGCUACUCCAUCACAUUCCAGGUGGUGGGCAUCAGUUUCUCCUAGCCUAGCCUGCUGGCCAAGAGGGAUUUGGAUGAGGAUGGCCUGGGAGAUACCAUCCAGGAUCUGGGGUGGGCGCUGCCCAGUGAGGAAAGUGCUGUCUGCUGACCUGCGUGUGCCUUCCAGCUCUGCCAUCGACAAGCGGUCCGGGGAGAAGGUGGCCAUCAAGAAGCUGAGCCGGCCCUUCCAGUCUGAGAUCUUUGCCAAGCGGGCCUAUCGAGAGCUGCUGCUGCUGAAACACAUGCAGCAUGAGAAUGUCAUUGGGCUCCUGGAUGUCUUCACCCCAGCCUCCUCCCUGCGCAGCUUCCAUGAUUUCUACCUGGUGAUGCCCUUCAUGCAGACAGACCUGCAGAAGAUCAUGGGGAUGGAGUUCAGUGAGGACAAGAUCCAGUACCUGGUGUAUCAGAUGCUCAAAGGUCUUAAGUACAUCCACUCAGCCGGGGUCAUCCACAGGGACUUGAAGCCAGGCAACCUUGCUGUGAACGAGGACUGUGAGCUGAAGAUCUUGGAUUUUGGGCUGGCACGGCAUGCAGACGCUGAGAUGACUGGCUAUGUGGUGACUCGCUGGUACCGGGCCCCUGAGGUGAUACUCAGCUGGAUGCACUACAACCAGACUGUGGACAUCUGGUCUGUGGGCUGCAUCAUGGCAGAGAUGCUGACUGGGAAAACUCUGUUCAGGGGGAAAGAUUACUUGGACCAGUUGACCCAGAUCCUGAAAGUGACUGGGGUGCCGGGCACAGAGUUUGUGCAGAAAUUGAAUGACAAAGCGGCCAAAUCCUACAUCCAGUCCCUGCCACAGAGCCCCAAGAAGGAUUUCUCCCAGCUCUUCCCACGCGCCAGCCCCCAGGCUGCAGACCUGCUGGAGAAGAUGCUGGAGCUGGAUGUGGACAAGCGCCUGACAGCCUCACAGGCCCUCGCCCACCCCUUCUUUGAACCCUUUCGGGACCCUGAAGAGGAAACAGAGGCCCAGAAGUUUGAUGACUCCUUAGAACACGAGAAACUCACAGUGGACGAAUGGAAGCAGCACAUCUACAAGGAAAUUGUGAACUUCAGCCCCAUUGCCCGGAAGGACUCGCGACGCCGAAGUGGCAUGAAGCUGUAAUGACUCAUCUAGCUGACCUGCGGCUAAGCCCAGGGAUCACUACAUAGCACCACCUGCCAGACAUUGUCCCUAGGACCAAUAUUUAUUAAUAAUGGUUUCAACCAUUAUUGGAUUAUAGCCUUCCGAGCAGAGGACAGAAGAGCCCUGGUCCUUGUGCCGAAUUCAAAGAUCUUGGUUGGGAGAAAAUAGCUCUGAUCAUAACCAGCCACAUUAAACACCCAUCUGGAGAA